AUGAGGGCGUGGAGGGUUCAUCCACCACAUGGCGUUUUGAAGUGGGUUUUAGUUUGGAUGAGUUUUUGUUUCAUUGUAUUCAAAGUUGGACCACCCUCCCAAUGGCGGUUGAAAGAUGCCACAACUGUUCAUUCUCCAUGUCCUUCAUGUGAAGAAUGCUUUUGCUCUCUGCCUGAGUAUCCCUUCAAUCCUUCGGACUGCGGUAAACAUGAUCCAGCUAUGAGUGAAGAAAUGCAUAAGGAUCCAGUGACUAUGCUCUCUGAGGAGAUAAAUUUGCAGAAAAUUGUAGCCAAUGAGAGCAUGGAACAUGCUAGAAGAUUAGUAAUGGAUGCAAGGAAAAGCAUAUCACAUUACCAAGAGGAAGCAGUAAAGUGCAACUUGGCGGUGGAAACUUGUGAAGAAGCAAGAGAGAGGGCAGAGACACAGCUCAUUCAAGAACGCAGGCUAACAGCUUUAUGGGAAAACAGAGCUCGUGAAUAUGGAUGGAAGGACACAACACGCUAA